AUGAGAGGAGAGGCCCUUGGCCCUGUGAAGGCUAAGUGUCCCAUUAUAGGGGAAGUCCAGGAAAUACUCAAGUUGGGCGCAAAGAUCCCGCUGAUAGUCUGCGGGGACUUCAACGCAGAGCCAACCGAAGAGGUCGACAAACACUUUGCUUCCUCCAGCCUCAACCUCAACAGCGCCUACAAGCUCCUGAGCCCCGACGGACAGUCAGAGCCUCCCUACACAACCUGGAAGAUCCGGACCUCAGGGGAGUGUCGCCACACCCUGGACUACAUCUGGUACUCCAGACAUGCUCUGAGUGUCACAUCUGCUCUGGACCUGCUCACCGAAGAACAGAUUGGGCCUAACCGGCUCCCAUCCUUCCAUUACCCUUCAGACCACCUGUCACUAGUGUGUGACUUCAGCUUUAACGAGGAGCCUGAUGAACUUUUAUAAACCCUCUCAUCUUAGCCACAAGAGUCUUAACCAGGGAUGUUUUGGGAAACUGAACUAGGAUAGGAAAUUGCCUGGAAAAGGACACCCAGUUUCUGCCACUUAACUCUCCAUUUCCACCAUGCCCAUGGGAAAAAUAUCGUUCACAAACCUUUCCAGUUAAAACCUGCAUUGAGAAGGUGUUUGCACUCCAGUUCAAGUGUGUGCUGUCAUCCGUGUACCGUCCUCUCCCGGUUAGGGGCAUUAGUAGCAUAGGCUUUCUUGUGUUUUAGUUGAGGGUAUUAUAAAACCCAGUUUGUGAGCCCUUCAGAAUUCAAAGUAAGACAUAGGAAGUUUUCUAGAUAUUAUUUCAAGUUAUUUAUUUGUGGGAUUUUUAAAUGUCAGUGGGAAAUGCAUGGUAAUAUUUAUUUUUUUAUAUCUUCAUGUAAAAUUACAUGGAUUAUAUAGCAUUGUGGACAUUUUAGAACCAUGCAGGUACAGACUUUAUUCCUUAAAACUUAAAAAGGAUUUUAUUUGCUGAUCUGACAGAAUGUACACUAAGGAACUAUUUACCCCUGGGGGAUUUGUGGCUUCAUAUGAAUGUUCUUCACAAAGAAUCCGUUUGCUAUGCCUCCAA